AUGUGUUACACUAAAAUUCAAGUACGGGCCACUCUUUUGGGCAGUGAAGGAAGUCAAGACUGGGGCUUUGUGGAUCCAAUCGACGCGGAACUAAGUAGCUUCAGAAUUGAUGUGAUCAAAGAAGAAGACGAAGAUGGAAACGAUACGUUGAACAGCGAGAAAACGAACGGCGACAAAUGCGAAAAGGACAGCGGAGUCGGAAGAACCGACGAGAGCACGAAAAAUGACGAAAGCUCCGGACCCGACGUCGUAGAGGAAGCUCGGCCGUCGCAAAACUCUCGUAAAAAUUCGCAGGAAAACGGCGACAAACGCUUAGUUAAGGACGAUUCAAACACGCGCGAACGAAAGAGUAGUAGUUCCACGCGUGGUAAGGAGGACCGAGCGUUUUCUCCCAUACGGUCGGGAGAAAACUGCUCUGGGAAAUCUCGGGACAAUUCAUCACCGGGCGAGAAAGACUCUAGUCGAAAUCACAAGGAGCGCUCUCCCGAAAACGGUCGUACACGCCGCCAUAGCAGUGGAUCUCCAACUAAAAGUCUUUCACCUACGCACAAUGGAGGAUCGCCUCCCAGAAAGGAUAGAGACAAGGAAAAGAGUAAAGAACGGAAAAAGAACAGAGAUUCACACAAAGACAAUCAUGAAACUCGCGGUGAACGAGAUCGCAGUCGACACUCCGACCAGAAGCGUAACAGUAAACUAGGCAACGUAAGCAGGACAAUUCGUGCGUCUUACAUAAGAGCCGUGAACAAGGACUCGACUCAACACAUCAAUUUGAUUGGCGAGUCGGAUUGUUUCGGUGGAAGGGGUGAUUAUCACGACCAUCGUAGCAAACAGAAGUCAAAUCUCACUGACAAUCAAUCUCUAAACGGAUCUCAACAGAACAUUGAAUGGAAAGUUCGAAUGUCCAAAGACGGUAGUCAGAUUUUUGUUCGCAAAAGGCCUGCCACUGCAGCGAGGCAGGCGAGGAAUAAACUUCUGCGCGACCGUGCCCAAAAAAUUACCGACGAACGCAAAGGCAUGACAACUGAUGACGACACACAAACCGUUUACCAAGGCCGUUACUGGCCGAGAGAGGACCGGAGACGACACUUAGAACGAGUGCGGGAAGCGCGCCGAAAGAAAAUCCAAAAACUACAACAGCUGAAAGAAUCCGAGAGCCCGCACACGGGCAGCGGUUCGGAGAGUGGCAAAGGACGCCGGGAUAUCAUCGUUGAGAUGAGUCACAGAAAAAUGAACAGGAAGCAGUUUGAUGACUUUACAACAGUUCGUGAAUAUCUAACUCAACGAAACCCCGACGGGUCCCCCGUUGGUCCGAUUCACGUUACCACUGUGUGAAAAGUGACGUUUUAACACUUAUAUCGUCAAAGACAAUUUUUUUUGUCGAACUUAAGUAUUGACCUCAAUGAGGCCAAAAGGUUAUCUGAUGUUUUAUUUGUUUUAUGUUGCGUACUUAUUCAAUUUCUGUAAUAAUUUCGGCUUGUAUAUCGUGAAAUGUCCGACAAUUGGGUGGGGUAUUUCACGCAAAACUAGUGAGAAAGCACUGAAUAGUUAUUUUUCGUCCCGUGCCGAGUUUUUGGCGGGAAGUACGGUUCGAAGUGGCGGGAGCGAAUGAGAGACAAAAAACCGCCAAAGAUGCAACGAAUUCCUCUCCUUUAGAUUGGAUUUUUUUAUAAAAUUAUAGUUUCUACUUUCAUGGGAAAAAUUUCUUUGCAAUUGUCCAUCAAUGAUAGGAGUAGUGAAUUCUUUAGCUUCUAGGCUGCAAUUGAAAGUAAUUUCCCAUUUUAGUCAUGGAUAAAACGCAGCCUGAUCGUUUUGUUUCUUAAAAAAACGAUAAAACGGCAAUGUUUGUUGCUCAUGAAGCCACUAAAAAAAUCAAACGUCGGUUAAUAUAGCUGUUGUGUUGCAAACUUGAAAGUUUUUAUGGGGAGGGGGGAUUCUUUAUAAAUUAGUUUACCGCCGUUCUGUUCUAAAUUUUCAAAUCUUCUAUGAAUAUUUUUAUUUGUUGCAGUUAUGGAAAACGAACAUUUUUAUUAAACAUUUAUUUAACUUUUUUCAACAUUGUCCGAAAUCUUCUUCGGAGCCGUUACUUAGGCGGUUACGCAACACUUGUUAAAGGUCGCGUGACGGCCUUGAAGGAGAGUGUCGAGAGAAUACAUUGUUCGUUGUUAAGAUUUAUUGUUUAUGUUAUGUAAGGCUUGUAAUUUACUGCCAAAAAGUUAAGCAGAAAUUCCCGAAUUGUAUCUAUGUAUAAAGUAAAAGAUGUAGUAUUAUUAUAAGAAACAAAUUUAAUCAAUUUAAAGAGCUAUCUAUGACAUUUUUUUUUCUGUUUUCAAGCAACGAAGGAAAGAGUGACAAAGAAUGGAAAACAAGUUUAUCAUAAGUUUAUGGAACGAAAUGCGAAAAUGUAUAGAAAUACGACGCGAGAAUAAUUAUGCGUUAUCUUAACGCUCUGGGAUGAGUAUUUAAAAGACUUUUUUUUUAUCAAAAUGGCAGUCGAACCACUAGCAAACGCCAGUCGUGGAAACUGAAAUUUAAGCUUAUAUAUUUGUAAAUAUAAUUAUUUCCAGUCACUAUUUUCUUUAAAAGGUGAAACUUAACGCCGCAAAUUUGUUUUACAACUUAUAAGCAGUGGCCGCCAUUUUGAACAGCGGUUGUGAUUUUUAUAAGUUAAUUCUUUGUCAGUCUAAAUUCCUUCAACGUUUAACAAAUUUAAAACGUAACCAACUUGGUGAAAUCUGCAAUUGUAAAGCCCUGAACUUAACAAUGGCUGGACUCUUUUGCGCUUAUUUCUUUGGGCAAAAAUAUUAGAACUAAAUCUUGUAAAUAAAAAUUCGUCUUCGCUUGCUGAAGGAGCACGUAAUGUUUUCAACGAAAAAUAGAAAUCGGCAAUGAAUUAGAUUGACUACCGUUUAAGUCAUUGCAGUUGUAAACAAGUCUGUGUCUCUCUGCCAUAAUAUACUUCUGUCUCUUACGAACUGCUAAGUUUGGUUUUUCCAUUUUAGAAAUAUAUUAACGUCGUAAACUUUAAGACGUUAAAGUCCACUUAAUUUUGGGACUUAACAGUAUUCUUUGAAAAUGUCAUUAAAAUCGAAAACCUGA